GUAUUCUCAAUCCCUGUUGUCAUCAUCGAUCGAAGAGCUAGCGAGUGCAAUAUUUGAUCGAAUAGUGUAAUAAGUUAAGAGAUACCUACUAUUACUAUAGUAUAUCAUGAUGAGGGCGCGGUUUCCGCUGCUUCUGUUGCUGGGAAUUGUUUUCCUGGCAUCAGUUUCUGUCUCAUUUGCCAUUGUUUACAGAGAGUCAGAGCCACAAAGAUAUAACCCUUUUCACUACGACUCUAACAAGUUCCACACUCUCUUCAAGAACCAAUACGGUCACAUUCGUGUCCUCCAGAGGUUCGAGUCCAGUAAACUUGAGAAACUUCGAGGCUACCAGAUUUUGGAGUUCACGUCCAAACCCAACACCCUCCUUCUCCCCCACCAUGUUGACGCUGAGCUCUUCCUCUUUGUCCUUGAGGGGAGAGCCAUACUUAACAUUGUGAGCCCCGACGACAGAGAUUCCUACGACCUACAGAAGGGGGAUGCUCAGAGAAUCCCUGCAGGAACCACUAUCUAUUUGGCUAAUCCAAGCGACAAGGAAACUCUCAGAGUAGCAACACUCGCCAUGCCCGUCAAUGAACCUACUCAAUUUGAGAGUUUCUUCCUAUCUAGCACCGAAAGCCAACAAUCCUACUUGCAAGGUUUCAGCAAGAAUAUUCUAGAGGCCUCCUUUGACACCGAAUUUGAGGAGAUCAACAAGGUUCUGUUUGGAGAAGAGGAAGAGAAGCAAGAGGGAGUUAUAGUGAAACUGUCAAGGGAACAGAUUCGGGAACUCAGCAAACAUACCAAAUCUAGUUCAAGGAAAACCAUUUCUUCCCAAGAUAAACCAUUCAACUUGAGAUACCGCGGUCCAUCCUAUUCCAACAAGUUUGGCAAGUUGUUUGAGAUCACCCCAGAAAAAAACCCGCAGCUACAGGCGUUGCAUCUCUUCCUCAGUUUUGUGGAAUUGAACGAGGGAGCACUUUUUCUGCCACACUACAAUUCAAAGGCCAUAGUGAUACUAGUGGUUAAUGAAGGAGAAGCAAACAUUGAACUUGUGGCCGUAAGACAAAAACAACCGCUGAGGUUUAGAGCUGAAUUGUCUGAAGGCGAUAUAUUUGCAAUCCCAGCAGCUUUUCCAGUUGUCCUCAACGCUACCUCAAAUUUCAAUUUCCUUGCGUUUGGUAUCAAUGCUGAGAACAACGAGAGGAACUUCCUUGCAGGUGAGAAGGACAACGUGAUAAGCCAGAUACAAAGACAAGUGAUGGAGCUUGCGUUCCCUGGGUCUGCUCAAGAUGUUGAGAAUCUACUAAAGAACCAAAAGGAAUCCUUCUUUGUGGAUGCUCAGCCUCAGCAAAAGGACGAGGGGAGAAAGGGUAAACAUGGUCCUUUCUCUUCAAUUUUGGGCACUUUCUGAGUAACUAUGUUCUAAAAUGUAUGCAAUAAGAGCUCAAGUGAGCGUCAAAUGUAUCUGGCCAUGUAAAUAUUUGCGCUAUACAGAGUUUCUAAUAUGAAUUAACAAAUAGAGACGACUAUAAUGCUUUUGUUUUGGA